AUGAAGCCAUCGAAAAGAAAUGACAGGACAAUUAACAAAGUGUUUAAGGUUAAAAAGAUUAUUCAAAAAAUUAAUCCUCCUUCUAUUUACCCACACAAAAGAUUUUAUUUAAAAAUUCAAGAUAUAAUCACACAAAUAGGAGAAAAUAACUAUUACCAUGCAUUAGAAAAUAUUGACCAAAUAUUACAUAAUUGUUUCAAUAAAUUAUUCCAUAAAAAACGACAAGAACUAAGCGAAAAAAUACUAUAUAAUUUAUCUAAGUAUGGUGUAACUGUGAAAAAUUGGAAAGAGUUUAAUGUCACAGUUAAUGAAGAAAUUAUGCAAAAAAAUGUUGUAAACACAUUUAUUACAAAACAUAGAAAAGAUGAAAUUGUUUUAGAAGCUGUAUUUGUAGAAAGUGUAAUUAGGUUUAUGAAACAGUUAGAACUUAACCCAAAAUAUUUAAAAGAAUUAGAAAGACAUACAGCACUGUUAGAAAAAUGGAAUCCAAUAUUUGAUCUAACGUUAUUUAAAGAAAUAAAAGAAAAAGGAAAUUUUAUGUAUUAUCAAUAUUUAAACAAUUCAACAAUAAAUCAAUAUAUCAGAAUUAACUUUGGAAUUAAAAAACCAGAACAACAAAUUGAUUUUUUGCGUCUUCGAAUAAGUUAUUUAAAACUUCUCUAUAACCUUUAUUAA